AUGGAACAACCAGCUGUUUGGUCAAUAAUUUUUUUUAUUAUUCUUCUUCUUGCAAUAGUAUUCUUGCCAAUUUUACAUCCAAUUUAUUUGCGUUAUACUCCUGAAAAAUGGCAUAAAUAUUAUAUAUGGGAUUGUAAUUGGAAAAAAUUUUCAUUUGGAUUAAGUCUUUCAUUAGGAUAUUAUAUUUAUUUAUUAAAUUUAUCUUAUUCAACAGCAUUUAAAAUGUUUUUAUUUAGUUUUCAUAGUUUUAUUUCAUUAUGUGCUUUACUUUUUUCACUAUUUGUAACUUGCACUGGUUUACCAUUAUUAAAACUUAAUUCGACAAAAAUUUCUUAUUCAACAAAAUUACAAACUUUAAUUUGGAUUGUUUUUAAAAAUAUUUUAUUUCUUAUUAUAUCAAUCAUUUUAUGUAAUUUUAUAGGAACAUUAGCAGCAAGUGUUCUUCUUUUUCCUUCAUUUAUAUCUCAAAAUUCUUCAAGAUUAAAUCAUUUAAAUACACAACGAUUUUUAAUUAUAUUUUUUAUUAUCUUAAUUGGUAAUUCAGGUGGACUAUUAAGUCCACUAGGUGAUCCUCCAUUGUAUAUGGGUUAUACUAAUGGCGUAGAAUUUUUAUUUACAUUUAAAUAUCUUUAUAAAAUAUUUUUUGUUGUUAAUGGAUAUAUAUUAUUUAUAUUUUCAUUAAUUGAUUUUAUUAAUGCAUGGAAUUAUCAACAAAAACAAAAGAAUAAUAAUGAUAGAUCAUAUGAAUUAGCAACAUGUUGUGAAGAAAAACUAAAUGAUCAUUAUAAUACUUCAUCUUCAUUACCUAUUCAAUGGAAUGGAAUUCAUCAUAGUUUUUUUCUUUUAUUGAUUAUUAUUAUUAUUUUAUUCAAAGGUUUUAAUAUUCCGAUAAAAUGGCCUGAAUAUAUUCAAGAAAUUAUUUUAUUUCUACUUACAUUUGUAUGUAUUUGUUUUGAUAUUAUUUGGACAAAACAAACACUAAAACAAUGGUUGAAAAAAAAUUAUUCAACACGUAUUGCACCUGUUGCAGAAGUUAUUAUUAUUUUUUUUGGAUUAUUAUUUACAAUGUCAGCACCAAUUAACAUUUUAACAAAUUUAAAUCUUCAACUUGAACCUAAACAUUUAUUUUUAUUCUCCGGUAUAUUUGCUUCGGUUCUUGACAAUGCUCCAGUUUACAUUAGUUUUGCAGCCAGUGCUGCUGCACAAUAUAAUAUAACUGUUGAUCAAUCAGACAAUAAUGGUUUUCUUGCUGUAUUCUUUUCUCAAUAUGAAACCGAUGCAAUUAACACAAUUCGUGCUAUAUCUGCUGGAUCUGUCUUAACAGGUGGAUGUACUUUAAUUGGUAAUUCGCCAAACAUGAUUAUAGCAUUGAUGGCUACACGUUAUACUUAUCGAACACGAACGAAAAUAAAUCAAUCUGAAAAUAAAGAGAACACUGAAGAUGAUUUUGUUACAUAUCAUAUUGAGAAUAUUAGUUUUAUUCGAUCACUUAUUACAGCUUGUCUCGUAUUAAUUCCUAUUUUGGUUAUUGUAGCUUUUUUUAUGCUGUAA